UUAGAAACUGGCGCCGAAAACAUCGGUUUUCCUAAACACACGGCUCCAUUCUUUUUCGGUCGUCAUCCUUGUGUUUUCUUGUCCUCGUGUUUAUUUCACUCUAAAUUAAACUCUUCAUUUUUCUACAGUCGACGCCGCACGGAUAUCGCUAGCGAAAAUGGAUGUACCACUGAAGACAAAGCUCUUAGCGAACCAACCAGUGGAAAAGGCCAAGAAGGAUUCCAAAAACACAUCAGUAGAAAGGAUCUAUCAGAAGAAGACACAGUUGGAACAUAUAUUACUCCGACCUGAUUCAUACAUCGGCUCAGUCGAGCCCGUCACCCAGCAAAUGUGGGUUUAUGAUGACGACGACAUUGGAAUGAACUGCCGGGAUGUGACAUUCGUGCCGGGGCUUUACAAGAUUUUUGAUGAGAUUCUUGUAAAUGCUGCGGACAACAAGCAGAGAGAUGAGCGCAUGUCCUGCAUCAAAAUUAACAUUGACGUCGAAAACGACACCAUCAGCAUCUGGAAUAACGGCAAGGGAAUCCCGGUGGUGGAGCACAAGGUGGAGAAAAUGUUUGUGCCUGCUCUCAUCUUCGGGCAGCUCCUCACCUCUAGUAACUAUGACGACGAUGAAAAAAAAGUGACAGGCGGACGUAAUGGAUACGGUGCCAAGCUGUGCAACAUCUUCAGCACAAAGUUCACAGUUGAGACGGCCUGUCGAGAAUCGAAGAAGACAUUUCGACAGACAUGGUACGACAACAUGAGCAAGGCCGGGGAUGCUACCAUCAAAUCGUUUGACGGAGAUGAUUUUACUUGCAUCACCUUUCGGCCCGAUCUGCCCAAGUUCAAGAUGAGGGUCCUGGAUAAAGACACAGUGGCCCUGAUGACCAGGAGGGCCUACGACAUCGCUGGUAGUGCCAAGGGUGUCCGUGUGUUCUUCAACAGCAAGAGGCUACCUGUCACUGACUUCCGCAGUUACGUGAACUUGUACGUGAAGGACAAAGUGAACGAGGUGGGCAAAGAGCUGACGGUGGUUCAUGAGAUCGUGAACAGGCGCUGGGAGGUCUGCCUCACUGUGAGCGAGAAGGGAUUCCAGCAAGUCAGUUUUGUCAACAGCAUUGCCACGACCAAGGUACGCGCCAGAUCAGGUUCCUUUUCGGUCCACAUAUUUGGAUACAUUGCACUGGUUAUUCCAACGACUUGCUUGGGGUCGUCUGACAACUCGGUUCUUACGUUUGUCCUUGAACCUCAGGGCGGGAGGCACACCGAUUACGUGGCCGAUCAGGUGGUGAGCAAGCUCAUUGAUGUUGUGAACAAGAAGAACAACAAAGGUGGUGUGACGGUCAAACCUUUCCAGGUGAAAAACCACAUGUGGCUGUUCGUCAACUGCCUCAUCGAGAAUCCCACGUUUGACUCUCAGACCAAAGAGAACAUGACUCUGCAGCAUAAGAGCUUUGGCUCCACUUGCGUACUCGGCGACAAGUUCGUUAAACAGGCCACCGGCUGCGGAAUUGUGGAAAAUAUUAUGAACUGGGUGAAGUUCAAAGCUCAGCUGCAGCUCAACAAGAAGUGCUCGGCAGUCAAACAGACCAAAAUCAAAGGCGUGCCCAAGCUGGACGACGCCAACGACGCAGGCGGCAGGAACUCUCUCGGCUGCACGCUCAUCCUCACCGAGGGAGACUCGGCCAAGACUCUGGCCGUGUCUGGCUUGGGCGUGAUUGGCAGAGACCGAUAUGGCGUCUUCCCUCUGAGAGGAAAAAUUCUCAACGUACGAGAAGCUUCACACAAGCAGAUUAUGGAGAACGCCGAGAUCAACAGCCUCAUCAAGAUCCUCGGACUGCAGUACAAAAAGAACUACAGUGACCCAGAGUCCCUCAAGACGUUGCGUUAUGGCAAAGUCAUGAUUAUGACGGAUCAGGAUCAAGACGGCUCCCACAUUAAAGGUUUGUUGAUCAACUUCAUCCACUACAACUGGCCUUCGUUGCUGCACCACAACUUUUUGGAAGAGUUCAUCACUCCCAUCAUCAAAGCAACACACAAGAAAACGCAGUUGUCAUUCUACAGUAUCCCGGAGUUCAACGAGUGGAAGGAGAGCCAGUCCAACUACAAAUCUUGGAAAAUCAAAUACUACAAAGGUUUGGGAACGAGCACAUCGCAGGAGGCCAAGGAAUAUUUUACUGACAUGCAGAGACACCGUAUUCCAUUUAGAUACGCGGGGCCUGAAGACGAUGAAGCCAUCACCCUUGCCUUUAGCAAGAAAAAAGUGGAGGAACGCAAAGACUGGCUCACCAACUUCAUGAUCAAUAGACGCCAGCGGAAGGAGCAGAACCUGCCUGAGGAGUAUCUCUACGGCAAGUCCACCACGUCUCUCACCUACGGCGAUUUUGUCAACAAGGAGCUGGUACUCUUCUCCAACGCUGACAACGAGAGGUCCAUUCCCUGCCUGGCGGACGGGCUGAAGCCAGGCCAGAGGAAGGUGCUGUUUUGCUGCUUCAAACGAAACGACAAACGGGAAGUGAAGGUGGCCCAGUUGGCUGGUUCCGUGGCUGAGAUGUCAGCGUAUCAUCACGGCGAGACUUCUCUGAUGAUGACCAUCGUCGGAUUGGCUCAGAACUACGUGGGGAGCAACAACUUGAACUUGUUGCAGCCUCUUGGCCAAUUUGGGACCAGGCUGCACGGCGGCAAGGACUCCGCCAGCCCCCGUUACAUUUUCACCAUGCUCAGCCCUCUGGCCCGCCUUCUUUUCCCGCCGGUGGACGACAAUCUGCUGAAUAACAACUAUGACGACAACCAGCGCGUGGAGCCCGAGUGGUACAUCCCUAUCAUUCCCACCGUGCUGGUCAACGGCUCGGACGGGAUCGGCACAGGCUGGGCCAGCAAAAUCCCCAACUUCGACGUCCGGGAGAUUGUCGCCAACGUUAGGCGCAUGCUCAACGGAGAGGGCUUGCUACCCAUGCUCCCAAACUACAAAGGCUUUACAGGGACCAUUGAUCAGCUGAUGGAAAACCAGUACAUGGUCUGCGGAGAGCUGGCCGUCCUUGACUCCACCACCAUUGAGAUCUCAGAGUUGCCUGUCAAAACCUGGACGCAGACCUACAAGGAGAGUGUUCUGGAACCCAUGUUGAACGGCACGGAGAAGAAUCCCCCUAUUAUCACAGACUACAAGGAAUACCACACCGACGUCACUGUCCGAUUCGUGAUCAAGAUGACCGAAGAGAGGCUGCUGGAGAUGGAGGCUGCGGGCCUCCAUAAAGUCUUCAAGCUGCAAAAUCCUCUCACCUGCAAGUCCAUGGUUCUGUUUGACCACGCGGGCAGCCUGAAGAAGUACGACUCUGUGCUGGAAAUCCUCAAGGACUUCUUCAAGUUGAGAUUGUCGUACUACGACCUGAGAAAGCAAUGGCUGGCGGGCAUGUUGGGGGCAGAGAGCGCCAAGCUCACCAACCAGGCUCGUUUCAUCCUGGAGAAAAUCCAGGGCACCUUGGUCAUUGAGAACAAACCAAAGAAGGAAUUGAUUCGCAUGCUGCAGCAGAUGGGUUACGACUCGGACCCAGUCAAAACUUGGAAACAGGGUAGCGGCAAGAAUGAGGAGCAAGCAGAGGAGGAUCAGGAGGAAGCUCCAGAGGAGGACACCAGCGGUCCCGACUACAAUUACCUGCUAAGCAUGCCCAUGUGGUACUUGACCAAGGAGAAGAAGGAGGAGCUGUGCAGGCAGAGAGAUGCCAAGAUGACAGAGUUGAACGUGCUGAGCAACAAGACUCCGGUGCGCCUGUGGGAAGACGACCUGACUGCGUUUUUGGAAGAACUCGAUCGCGUUGAAGCCAAGGAGAAGGAGGAUGCCAAGAUGCCCGUGGCAAAGACUUCCAAAGGCAAAGCGGUGAAGAUGAAGGCCAAAGUGGUCACCCUGCCCACGCCGCAGGGUCGCCGCAUCAUCCCGCGCAUCACCAGUGCCAUGAAAGCCGAGGCGAGCAAGAAGGCCGACCUCAAGAGAAGCCGAAAAGACAAGACCGACGACGUGAACACAAAGAUAGAUUUUGGGGAUGGUGACCAAGAAGAUGACCUGUCUCCUCCCCUGGCAAAGAAAUUAAAAACAAGCUCACAGGGCAAAGGGUCAAAGACGGGCAAGCAGACCACCCUUCACUUCAAGCCGGUUGCCAAGAAGGCCAAGAAGAGUCUGACAUCGGAUGAGGAGAGUGAGAGCUGGUCUGAGAAUGAAAUGGAGGUUGAGGAUGUUGCUGCACCAAGAGAGAAAAUUCAACGCAAGACCAAAGUCGCCAAGAAGUACAUGUCUGAUAGCGAUGAUGAGUUUGAUGACUGCGUGAAGAUUAAAGCUAAAAAACGGAUUGGUGCCAUCAGCGACGACGAUGACGACGAUAGCUUUGCUCCAAACCUCGACGGCUCGAAUGAAAGUGACCUGGACUCCCCCAAAGCGCCUGAGCCACCGAAGAAAGUGACAAAGGCUAAAUCAACAGCCAAGAAACAACUUGGAAGCAAAUCGAUCGCUCAGUCAGACAAGCAAGAGGCUGCGCCAAAGGCUCCAGUUCAGCGCAAGACCAAAGCGGCUGCUCCCAAGAAAGCUGCAGAUGUUAAGCAGCCGUCCAUCAUGGAUGCUCUGUCCAAACAAAAACCUUCAGCGUCCAAGAGUAUUCCCUCGUUUGACUCCAGCGACUCGGAGCCCAAAGUGCAGAAGGCCAAGUCGGCCCCCAAACGUAAACAAAUCCAAAGUGACUCUGACAGUGACGUGGCGGACCUCAAGUCCCGCCUUAAGGCCAAAUCAACCGCAGUAGCAAAGAAAAAAGCAAGCAAGUGGAGCGAUGAGGAAAAUGCUGCUCCAGUGCCACCUCGCAACAUGCUCAGCAGAGCUAAGAAGCCCGUUUGUUACGGCUUUGACUCCGAUUCCGAGUCUGACUAAAACAGUGUUCAUUUACUCUCAUUUUGUAUUUUACUGUUCAACAUGAUUUUAUGUUGAGUUUUGAAACGGUAAUGUUUAAAUGUUUUUACUUGUUCUAACUUUUUUGUUGCUUUACUGUUUCCAAAAUAAAGAAGAAAACAUUGCCUUAUUUGAAAUGCUUUCAGAAUAAAU